AUGAGAAAUAUUGUUAAGCUAUGUACCAUAAAGAUUGAAGUAAAAAGGUCUGAAAUUGAAGCUCAAUUGGAAAUAAUUGAAGAUCUAUUGUCCCAUAAAUCGAAAUCGACUGAAUCGAUCGUUUCAUUCGAGAGUCUGGAUCAAAAUAACACUAUGUUUGUUUACAAAUCGAAAGAACUAAUAUUAAGAUCAAAGGUCAUUGGAGCAAAAUGUGCUUUGAAUCGAAUUUUAUAUUCAAGUUGUGAAAAAUUUGAACAAUUAAGGAAAAAGCAAUACAAGAAAGCAUACGUUCUAUGUGCUCUUGUAAUACUUAGAAUGUGUGGAAGGUUCGUUGAAAACCCAUUACUUGUGGGUCCCAGUAAUUCUUUCUUUGAUUCGCGAAGCAUCAAAUAUCGAUAG